UUCACAUCAGUUGGCCGCUAGGCACCGUCGGUGUGACGCGUGCGGACUGUUUUCUUCGCGUUCGCGGUACACAUAUCAAAUUUCACGUGAAAAUUUGAUAUUGUCGUCAAUUUUGUGCAGUGUUUUAUCAAAGUUCGCUCGUUCACCGGUAAUUUGUCAAAUUCAUUAGUGCUUCAAGUUAUGUUUUCAGUUGCGUUUCUGUGUUUUUGUUAAAGUGAUCACUGUUCAGUAUUGUUGUUUUGUUUUAGACAAAAAUGUAGAUAGAAUAGUAGUAGCCUAUUCGCUAUAACGAUGUCAAUUGAUCAGGCGUCGCCUUUGGUGCCGAUCAAGCCUCAAGUGGCUCUGCAGAACAGUGCGUUCAUAAAGAACAGCCACAAUAGAAGUAGUUUCUGUGGCGUUUCUCAAUCUCCAAACGGGAAUACGUUCAAAACUUUCGCUGUCAAUCGGAAGAGUUGGAGUGGAAACGUGACGUUGCCUCUCCAGCAGUUUACUCCUGAACUUGAGGCUCCACAGCUGGCGACGUUCCGUUCCGGGACCGGAACCUUCCCGAGGAACAGGGAGCGGAACAAUAACAGUGCGUCGAACGGAAUAUUAACGCCAAACGGGAAUUCCGUGCAAACGUUCAGGGGAAAUGAACUGAGAAGGAGCGGAUGCGCUAACGGUCGACGGUACGCUGAGAUCGGCAACUGGAGUAAAAGAAAUGCCACAUUCCUAGAGCCACACCUGCAAGGCGUGGGACGCCGUGACAGCCGCAGUUCCGAGUCGGACCACGACGAGCGGUCUACUGAAGAUGACGAGAGAUCCCUCAUCAGGAGCUCCCCUCGGACGAGGCUGCCUCCUCCACCUCCACCCCCGCCUGAUGACGAACCCCCUCCGUUGAAACCUCGGGAGUUCUUUGAAAGAUUGCAGAGUCAAGCUAUGCGGGAAGCGCAGGACCGGAAGAGAAAAGAUGUGCCUCUAAAAGAACAUCUGUUUAGGCCUGUGGAUCAUGAUGGCAGUUUGGGAGACAGUCUUAGUCAGAGCCGAGAAAGCCUCUCAUCAGACGGUGAAGGCGCGCGAGGCGACUGCUCCUCCGUGGACUCCUCAGGGUCAGGGUUCGAGGAACAGCCGCCAUGUGACAUCGGGAUUCUGGAGAGGUUGAUCAGGACGCAUCCAGUUUGGUUCCUUCCUGGAAUCCAGAGGGCUGGGGCCUUCCAUCUUUUGCAAGGAAAGGAGGAGGGGAACUUCGUAGUCCGUCAGUCAAGCCAGCCCGACACGAUGGCGAUCAGCGUUCGACUGCCAGCCGACAAGGGCCCGUACAUCGAGCACUAUCUCAUCCAGGCAUCGGAUGGCCGUAUCGGGCUGGAGACUUCGCACAACCGCUUCGAUAACAUACCCGAGCUGAUCGCACACUACUCGCAGUGCUGCGAUGAGUUACCAGUGCAGCUUCAACUGCCACGCGCGCUUCGAGAAGCCAAGAGUCGACAGCAGCUUAGUUCUCUCACGUUACUCGGUCAAGAAUUUUGGGGUUACCCUAUGGCGAACCCAAAGAAUAAUCCCAAUAAUUUGUUGUCACCGUGUCAGCUAGCAAACGGAGUGGUUCCCAUGGCUGUCACUCCAUCGGAUACUGGAUCUAGUCUUAGCAGUUUUAAUGCCAGUACAGGAACGAAUACAAGAGAACGUGUACUUAGCCCAGACAAAGACAAAAACGUAGUUCUAAAGAUGUCACCAAUCGACACGUCAGGGUCCCCACCGAGUCAAAGUCAAAACUUUAGCACGUUCAAAGGAAGAACCCCACCAUCCCCACCAGCGAAACCCAGUGGCUCUUUCAUUAGAGCACCACGGCCAACCCCACCAAACACUUUGAACCUAAUGUCCAGUACCGCUCAUAUAACACAGCCCCACACUUUCCCAACGACCACACAACAUUCUCCCACCUCAAACCACGUCAAAACUACACCACCACCGCCUCCGCCUAGAUGGGCUAAACCGCCUAUCACAAAACCUUCCCUAUCUCCAAAAUCAGAAGCUCAAGCUUUCAGUCCAAUUAACAAGGCUUCACAGAAUGGAAACAUAACCGUCACGACAACAGUUACGUUCUGUGUCAAUAACACGCAAAUACACAACCAUCAAAUAAAUGAAAGCAUCCAAAGUGACCGACUGCAACUAACGCUUGCGUCUAAUACCAUCAACAAUAACAGCACAGACUCGGUGUUCAAUAUAACGGACUCCGGGAAGUCCUUCCCAGAUCCUGAUGGAGAACAGAAUAUGAUGCAUCGUAUGUCACCUGAAGGAGAGUGCAUUAACGCAAUGACAGCUAGCUUGCACGGGAGUUUCAAAAGACAAAUGGAGCAGGCAAAUACCAACGAACCAGAAUCACCAGCGGAACCACAAUCUCAAACGAAUACCUCUGAAUCUGUCGAUCCAAUCGUUAACAGUUACACAAAGUCUAGUAAUAGUUUCGCUCCAAAUCACAUGGUUUCACCCAACGGAACCAAUUCUGUCACCAGUGGCAUUUUUUCUCCUACCAGCCAAAUCAACUCGCCCGUGUCUAAUGAUACAAUAUCUUCUAAAAGCGGUGUCUUUUCACCAAUCAGUCAAACGAAUAAAAGCGAAAUCUUUUCUCCUUUAUCUCGAAGUUCCCCAGUGUCUAGUAAAAAUGUAUUUUCUCCCACUUCUAAUCACUCCAUUGUUUCCCCAAUGUUGGGUAAAGAUCGGGAAAAAGUUUUAUCUCCCAAUUCAUAUACGACAAGCACUACACCAUCUGGUAGAUCGAGGAGGAGUAGACACUCCCUGAGAAAGGAGUCCAGACAUUAUCAGGAAUCAGAUAUUCUAGAAUCUCCAGGCGUGUAUUACAGAAGUUCGUUGAUGGAUAAAGUGUCAGAUUACGAAGAUAUUUGGGGACCAGAAAGCAACAAUUGCUCGACAUUUAAACCUUUAAAGUCUGAGAACGAUAAUAAUAUUAAUAAUGGUUUUAUGAAAAGUAAAAGACCAGAUCUUCUGCCGGACACACUACCGAAAUUGAAUGCAGCUAAAAGUACUCAAUCUAUGCUAGAAAAGGAAAAUAUUCACAUACUUAAUUCAACGGAAAGUUUGAAUGAAAAAAAGAACUUUUCAGAUAGCUCUUUGAAGAAGAGUUUCAAUGGGUCUAAUGAGAUUAUAGCCACGACGAAUAGCAAGGGGGACAUUGUACCAAAAAGGCCGGAUAAACUUAACAUAGUAAUAAACAUGAAUAAGAAAUUAACCGAAGAGAUCGAGGCAGCUUUAAAGAAUAGGGAAAGAGAAAAUUGUAGUGCUGAGAGUAUGGAGACUGUAAAAUUGGAAGAUUGUGUUAAGGAUCCAAUUGAAGAUGAUUCGGAUAAAGAUAAUGCUGGAAGUCCGUUUUAUGCCGAUCCUGUAGAUGCAAUUAAUGAAGCGGCGUUGCCUCCAGUGCAAAGACGAAAGCUGAUCAGAGUUGGUGUAAACCUCGCCCAGAGGUACUCCGAACCUCCACAGAACCAUCCCUACUACCCGCUGAGAGACAUGCACAGUAUUGAGGAGCUGUCUCCUUCAUCACCAAACACGUCAUCCUCAGUGGACAACCUAGUCUCCCUCCGCAACAAGCCGAAGGUGAAGCCUGUGCAGCCCCCGAGAGUCGCAGCCAAGCCCCCCACAGGCAAGGAACAGACUUGGACCGUUGACUCCAGUUGGGAGUUCAUAAACAAAAGCGACGAAUGUGCAAACAGUGAAAGUGGAACAUUCCCGUCGCUGGCGGAACAAGAGAGCAGACUGAGCGGCGUCGACGACGGAGCCCAGCAUCUGACGGUGCACCAGGUUGUGGCACAGAGAUUCCCCGAGCUAAGACUGAAUUCGGAGCCACUGGCGCUUCCAGAAGAAGUGCGGUCGCCCCCCAGAGCGUCAUGCUACGACAAUGUUCACGAUCUCAGACCUUUGUCGGAACAGGCGAGCGAUGAUGGCACCGUGUUUUCGGAGCCAUGGGAUAGUUCUCAGUGGGAUGGCCUCAUACCGCCAUCUAAUCGGCAGCAGACUUACGAACCGGAGGAGCCGUUAGAAUGGGAGUCCCCGAUCCCCAGACGCGGUCCUGCCGCUGCGACGCGCGCCAAAAGUUUUAGGGACCGCUUGGACCCUCUACUAGCUGCAGGCAGAGUACGAGCGCUCCGCGGGGGCCGGACGGGGCGCGGGGCCGGAGCGGCGGUGCGCGCGUAUGCGCUGCAUUUGGCGCACGACAAAAGCACCACUUUUGCUCAGAAUAUAGAUAAUUUUAUCGCGUGCACGCUGGACUCGAAAGAGACUUGCCCACAGGUGAUGAUGCGCAAUAUGAGGCAGUUCAUGUCAGGCAUGAAGAACUACCUCGUGAAGCACGGCGAGCGGGAGUUUGAGAAGGAAGUUGAGAAGGAGAGGCUUAAGUUAAAACCAACGGAAUUCCUGAACCUGGACGCGAUCUUAGAAGGCGUGAUGCAUCGGUUAGUAGUUCGCCCGUUGAGAGCUCGGCUGUAUACUCAGCUGGCGAGCUGGCACGCGUCCGACGUGAGGCGAUUGCAUUCUGCUAUCGAGAGGGCCCAACACGCUACGCCUUUGCAGCUUGGUGUUAAGGAAACAACAAAGAUCCCAUCCGCGGCGGUGUUGGCUGUGAUCUCAAAGCAUUUCCUGAAGAUGCAAGAAGCCGACUCGCCGCUGGACAAACUCGAGAAUCUUCUAGCGGCCAUAUCUGUUAUGUUUAAUGCUAUCCGGGGCGAGAGAGCACUUGGUGCCGACGACCUCCUUCCAGUCCUCGCGUGGACAGUCGCACGGUGUAGACUGGUCUGCGCGGAGCUGGAGGCGGAGCUGAUGGCCGGCCUCCUCCCCGCAGCCGUGCUGGCAGGGGAGGGGGGGUACUAUCUCACCGCGCUGUUCUCCGCUGUGGCUGUUUUGAAGAGACUGGCGCCCGACCCUGAACCGGACAGUUCUACUCCUCAGUGGCGUCGUGGUUCCCUCGAGGGUUGCAGUGGCGGUGUUGCCGUCGUCCGCGUAGCCUUGCCCGAUGAAUGCCGGGGCUCUAUCAGACGAGUGGCGCUCCCGUGCAGGCCCGGGGCAAGAGCUAGAGACCUCUGCAGAGCGCUAGCACACGCAGCAGCUAUAACUAACCCACAGGACUACGCGCUGUUCGCGUUACAUGACGGUCAAGAAACAAUGUUGAACGAAAACGAUUGCCCGCAAGAAGUGAUGUCAGAGAAGAGUGGCCAGAACUUCAUCCUUGCUUACAAGAGGAUAGAUGCUAAAAUCGCUUGGCCACAGCAAGCAUUAUUGUCUUACCCGUAAAAAUUGAACUUAGUAUAACAAAAUGGCGGUGGAAAUCUCUUUUCGGAACACGACACAAUUAUUUUCGUGGUUGAGAUCACAAAUUAAUAUUUUGAAUGUGUACCACGGGCACUUUGUCUUGGUUUCAUCUAUCAUAAUGACUUCAAGCAAGAAAUGUUAAUGCAAGAAAGAAAGAAAUUUUCCUAUUGAUCUGAACAAAAAAAUUGAUUUUAAACGACCAUUUAAUAAAUUACAUUAAUUAUGCACUAACUCACAACGUCCCCUACAAUACAACAGAUCUUUCCUCCUAGAUCCUAUGAAAAUGUAUUUUACCCGAGCAUAAACCCGACGUAAACCCGGCGUAACCCCAUUUCAGUUUCUGUCAUAAUUUUGAAUUAAUUGUGUCGUGUUCAUUACUAGCUACGAAGUAUUUAAUAACAAGCGAAAGGUUGUCAAUAUGCUCAUUAUGAAUAUCUAUUAAGAAAGGUGGUAUUAACACUGCAGCGAAAGUAUAUUUUUACCCUUAAACAAUAGAGUUAUAUUUUCUAAGAUAUAACCCAACUGAUUAGUGUAUGCUGUCGUUUUCAUAAGCUUACUCUAUUCCUAAGUACAUCGCUAAUAGACAGUAUUUUCUUAAACUAUUCAUCUCGAGCCUAAUGUUUUUAAAGUAGCUUUUUUACUCAUUACGUAGUGCGUAAUUUUUUUGUAUAAUCCGACUGAAUUGAAUAGGCGUCUCAGCCAUUUUGUACAUUUGUAAAACGUGUGCUUUUAAUUGGAGGUUUUGUGUGAGUUAUUUUAGUUUUUUUUUUUUUGUUUUUUUUUUAAUAGAUUUAUCAGUGGAACACUUAAUUAACUACCUUAAAAAGGUAGUUUAGCUUCAAGUGUACCUAUGUAUAUGUUCCUAAAUUUCAGUAAGUGCACGGAGCAAAAUCACCAAAUUGUUGUUUUUAGUUUUACAUUUUAAGUAUUUUCUAAAAACGAGUUUUUGUUAAAUUUACUAAAAUAACUUGUUAAACCAAGAUAACUUACCAGAGAAAAAUAUUGAUUUUAUAUUUUAAAUAAAUCGAUGAUUGCAAUUUAUUUUUUAUACGAGACAAGAAAACUAGACAAAGUGUAAAAAUAUUUAUUAUCCGUCAAGUUAUUUUAGUAUCUUGUAACGAAAAACUUUUUUCAAAAUUAAAAAAGUAAUAUAAACAAUAAAGUUUCUAAGUAUCAAAUUUGAAUUUUACUUUUGAAGUAUCUGUAUUGUAAUUCUUUAUAACUUGUUUAUGAACUGUGAUGUAAUUUGUAUUAGUAAUAUAAGGAUUUGUAUUGAUUUUGUAUAUUCGUAGAGGCGUCUCUUAAUAUAAUUUAUUUAUAUGUAAUUUUAAGGGAAUAUUUAUCAAGACGUGAUUUUGUGGUGAAUCAAUUAAUUUUAAACUUUUUUUACUUUUCUAAUAUUUUAUCUUUGAAAUUAAAAUAAAAUAUUUUUAACUUUAAAUAAUUGUUGAAUUUAAGAACAUUUUAAUUUACGACUAAAUUGCUAAGUACAUCACUAUGUAAGUACAACACAAAUAGUAUUUAAAUCUUUUAAUUAAUAUUCUGUAAAAUAUAUUCUAAUUCUUAUUACCUAAUAAAAUACUCAAAGUCUAAAUUAUAUUCUAAAAAAUAUAUACCUCACUUUUAAAUUUGCAAAUAUUAUCCUCAUCAAAAACACUUAGAAGCUUUUAUAUCAACAUUUUUUUAAAAUUCAAAAUAAGUUAAUUAAUUUACAAAAGUUUUCUUACAUUAUUCGAUAAAAUUGGUUCACCACUGUCACGUUAACAAAACUGCCUAUUCAAAACCACAUAUAUGUUAUGGUUUAGAAACGUGCAUCAGUAUCAUUUUAAUAAGGAUAUCAUUAUAUCUGAAUGAAGGCAGCCAUUUGAUAGAUAGUGUUGAAUAAUGAACGCCAUCUCUUGUUGACUUUGAGAAUCACUCAACUUAAGUCGAUGCAUCGAUUAAUUAAUUUUAUCGAUGAAUAUCCAAGCUACUAUCGAUGGACAUACCAAAACUAUCGUUAUUAUUAUUACUGAUAUGUAUUUACUACACCCUGUAUUUUAACGUUAGUUAUAACACGUAUAUUGUGUUUUGAUAACAUUUUCAGUCAUUUGUGAGGAAGUAAACGAAUUUUUACCAAACU